ACCCGUUGAAAGACAUAAAGAUAUUCAAGACAGGGCAUCUGGCAUGAUUAUUUAAACUACAUUCUGGGAUCAUGAUGAACCGCAUGGUGGCGAUGCAGGCUAAGAAGACGCAGAAAAGAUCAGCGGAUACGCCAAUUCCCAGAAAACAGUGCUGAAUCAGUCAAGAAGAGGAGCUUUCUUAACGAGCUAAAGGAAGGGUUCGGGCGCCUCGUAUUUCUGAGAUACCAGUCAGACUGAGGAAAGUUAUAGCCUCGAAUUGUCGUUUGCAGUUGCGCUAGGACACAGUGGUUGAGAGGAGGAGAUCAAAAAUAGAGGAAGGAGCGAUGAUUCCUCAGCAAAGGCAAGUUCUCUUUCUCCUUGUUCUUCUGGGUGUGUCUGGGGCGGCCUCGGAGCCGGAGCAGUUUUCUGUAGUGGAGGAAAUGGAGAGAGGCUCUUUUGUGGCCAAUGUGGCAAAGUCCUUGGACCUGGAGGUAGGGGAGCUGUCAGAUCGGGGAGGCAUGGUCUCUUUCAAAGGGAACAAAGAGUAUUUGCAGCUGAACCGUAGAACUGGGGAUCUGCUCCUGAGAGAGAAACUGGAUCGAGAGGAGCUGUGUGGAACGGCUGAACCCUGUGUGCUGACUUUUCAGAUCUUACUAGAAAAUCCCUUUCAGAUUAUUCUGGCUGAAUUACGGAUACAAGACAUUAAUGAUCAUUCCCCAGUGUUCUUAGAAACUGAGAUGCUCCUGAAAAUUCCUGAGAGCACCUUACCCGGGACUGUAUUUCUGCUAGAAAGUGCUAGAGAUUUGGAUGUAGGAAACAACAGUAUCCAGAACUACAUACUCACUCCCAAUUCACUUUUCCAUAUUCAAAUUCGAGAUAGCAAUGAGGGCAGGAAAUAUCCAGAGCUUGUUCUGGAUGAAACAUUGGACCGGGAGAAGCAGUCUGAGGUCACUUUAAUUCUCACUGCAGUGGAUGGGGGAAUCCCACCAAGGUCUGGAACUGCCCAAGUCCGAGUUCUCGUAGUGGAUAUCAAUGACAACGCACCAGUGUUUGCUCAGUCUCAAUAUAACAUUCACAUCCCUGAAAACAGUUCCAUUGGAUCCAAGGUUGUCACAGUUUCUGCCACAGAUUUAGACGCAGGGAAUUAUGGAGAAAUAUCUUACACAUUUUUGUAUCCCUCUGAAAACAUUCGUAAAACUUUUCACCUUAAAGAGAAAUUAGGUGAACUUUACUUGAGGGAAAAUGUGGACUUUGAAUCAAUUCAAUCUUACAUUAUAAAUGUCCAAGCCAUAGACGGUGGGGGUCUUUCAGCACAAUGUACUGUUAUUGUUCAGGUGACAGAUCUGAAUGAUAAUCCUCCAGUGCUGACCAUAUCUUCACUUAUCAAUCCCAUCCCAGAAAAUUCUCCUGAGACAGUGGUUGCUGUCUUCAGGGUUUCAGAUCUGGAUUCUGGGGAAAAUGGAAAGAUGGUUUGCUUCAUCCAAGAUGACCUUCCUUUUGCCCUGAAACCUUCCAUUGAGAACUUCUAUACAUUGGUAACAGAAGGAGCACUGGACAGAGAGUACAAGGCUGAGUACAACAUCACUAUUACAGUGAUGGACUUGGGCUCCCCGAGACUCAAAUCCGAGCACAAUAUCACAGUGCUCAUCUCUGAUGUCAAUGAUAAUGCUCCUGUAUUUUCUCAAACAGCCUACAAAUUGUACCUGCAGGAGAACAACAGUCCUGCCCUCCACAUUGGCCGUGUCAGUGCCAGUGACAGGGACUCAGGAAUCAAUGCCAAAGUCACCUACUCUCUGCUGCCUCUAGAGACUGGAGAACUGCCCCUCUUCUCCUACAUCUCUAUCAACUCAGACAAUGGUCAUCUCUAUGCUCUGCGAUCCCUGGAUUAUGAAGCCAUCCAAACUUUCCAGUUCACUGUGAGGGCAGCUGAUGGUGGCUCUCCAUCACUGAGCAGCCAGGUUCUGGUUCAGAUUGUGGUCCAGGAUGAGAAUGAUAAUUCUCCCUUUGUUCUGUACCCCCUGCAGAAUGGCACAGCUCCCUGCAAUGAUCUGGUGCCCAGAACUGCAGAGCCAGGUUACCUGGUUACCAAAGUAGUAGCUGUGGAUAGGGACUGGGGACAGAAUUCUUGGCUUUUCUACCAGCUACUCAAGUCCACAGACCCAAGCCUCUUCACUUUGUGGGCCCACAAUGGGGAAGUUCGCACAGCAAGACCCAUCAGUGACAAAGAUGCCAUCAAGCAGAGGCUUGUAGUGCUGGUGAAGGAUAACGGACAGCCAUCUCUGUCUACAAUGGCUACACUAGAUGUGCUUCUGGUGGAUGGCUUCUCUGAGCCCUACUUGCAGCUACCAGAUGCAUCUAAGGAGCAGGUCCAAACUGAUUCCCUAACCACCUACCUAGUCAUUUCCCUGGCCUCUAUCUCCUUCCUCUUUCUGGUCUCUGUUUUUAUGUUCAUUGCCAUUUGUCUGUGGAAGAGAAAGAAGAAUACCACUGUCAUUAAUCAAAUAACUUCAAAUAGCUCAUUCCCAGGUCACUUGGUGGAUGUCAGCAGGACGGGAACUCUGUCCCAGAGUUACCAGUAUGAGGUGUGUUUGACCAGUGACUCAGGAACCAGUGAAUUUAAGUUCCUAAAGCCAAUUAUUUCCACCCUUCCUACUUUGGAAGUAAAUGAAAACUCGAUUGAAAACUCAGCUUUAAGGAAUAGCUUUUGCUUUACUUAGGAUUUGAUAUGUGCUACAAUACAUAGAGGCUAGGUUUUAUGGCAUCCUUCCCUUUCCUCUUUCAUUAGUUGCUUGUCUUCCUAUAGCAUGAAAAGAGUAAUAUUCCAUACUUUUACAUUUUGUCAUAAGGUUUUAAAUUUCCAUUCCAAUCCUACACACAUAUUUUCCUUUUCUCCCUGCAUUCUUUCCCUGUAAAUCUUUCUCUUCUCUUUUUGUUCCCUUACAUCUUAAAAUUAUACCCUAUUAAUUUUUUUAAUAAGUGGACCACCAUAUGUUCCCUUUCUCAUUUAAAAUUCAAAUGUUAACAUUUCUUAGUCAAGUAAUUCAGCCAAUGUUUUUCAAGUGCUCAAAUUUGAUUGUGACUCCUUACUCUCACUCAGACUUAUCCUUUCCUGUAUGACUAACAAAAGAAUGUUUACCAAGCAUUCUUUCUUAUUAUGACAAUAAAAAUAAUUGUGGUUCUCUUGAAGGGCAUUCUAAGCAUCUACUCUGACCUUCGGGGGGAUUUUUCUCCUCUUAUUUACUCUCCACCACUUUUAACAUUUAAGAUCUUCAGAGAACAGUGAUAAUCUUGUAACUUAUUAGCUGUGGCCCUGUAAUUUUUAUAAUUUACCAUAUACUUAAAAAAAAUUAAGAUUGAAGCUAUUUGCUUGGAUUUUGUUCUUAAGUGUUGCAUUGACAUCACUGAAAAUAUUCUUAUUUGUUGUUUCUGAUGUCAGUUCCCUAAACAAUGUCUAAAAAACAAGGUCUAAUAAAGAACUAAUGAUUGAUGAAAAAAUUGGUAUAACACAUCUUCAUGAAGGAAUGAAAAAAUUAUAUGGUAAAUUCUUGUGAAGAAAGAGUAUGUGAAAAAAAGAAAGACUAUGUGCUGGUUUGGAGACAAUUGGGAAAUACUAAAUGAAGACUUCUCAUCAUUGAAUAUUCCAAUGACAUUGCUCAUUUAUGAUGAUUUCUAAUCUUUACACAUUCUCAAUAUAAAUUUGAAGAAGUGGGGUCAUGCCUGUUGUUAUUGUUCUUUAAAGUCAUCUUUAUGAGCUACUUUGUAUGUGUUUAUGCCACUUUUCCUCUUUAGUUCCAUAGAUUUGAAUAUUUGCAUCAUUUGCAUGAAGUCCUCUACCUUGCAGGGUUGUUGUGAGGUUCAAAUGAGAUGUUUAUAAAGUUCUUAGCACAGUACUUAGCAAAUAAUAAGUAUUAAUAAAUGGUUAUUAUUUUCUCCCCUCAGGGCCUGAAAAUAAGUUUAAAUAACUAUGACUUUGUUUUCUCUUUUGAUUAUUUAAAUAAUUUUUCAAUAUGAAGGAACAUUCCACUUCAUGAGUGUCACCAUUUUGGACAAUGUUCAUGCUUUUGUAAUAUCUGUUUGAGAUCUUGGAGAGACUUCAUACAUACCUCUUCUGCAUUUUAUUACGGAAUGUCUGACUCAGAAGGUUUUCCUAAUUUUUCAACUCAGUGUUCAAUCAAUGUUCAAUUUUGAAGAAAUACUAUUUAUGACACAUUUUUAAUUUUUACAGAACAUAUUAUCACUUGAAUUUGAAAGUAGAAGAAAGUUGUAUUUAUUUGAGGUCACUUUAUCCUUUAACCUGCAAAAACAUUUUUAUUAUUUUAAAAGAUAGAUUAAGAUAAUAAACCAUAUCUCACUCUAUCACUAUUUGGAAUUCAAUGUUAAUUGGGAUUCAAUGGGAUUCAAGCACUUUUCUUCUUUUCAUGAGCUGAUGCACAAAGAUGGGUGAUUUUUUUCAAAUUGAGGAACAACUCACCAAUGACUUAAUAGACAAUUGAUAGAGAAGAGCCUCUGGCACACAAAUAUUCAGUGGCUCAAUUAUGGUCACAUAAGUAAUAAACAUCAAAAGAGAAAUUUUUUUACUGUUCAUUCCUGACUCCAAUUAAACAGGUUUUCUCUUAAGCCAUACUGUCUCUUUUUGGGAGUAACAUUUCCACUUAAAAAUGAUCCUGUUGUUUGCAAUUCUAGAUCUAUGAUCUUACAUCAUUAAAACCUAAAAUAGAGAGUGUGAAAGUGGGAUGGAGGGGGUGUUUUCAGUGUCUUAACAUUAACAGUAGGAUUGGUAUAUACUGCAUUUGAAUUUUAUUCUUUUUCUUUUUUCUUCCCUUUUGCUCUUCUGGUUGUUUUAAAAAUUGAUUUAGCAAAUUAGCAAUUUUGUAAAUCAAAGUCAUUGUCUUCUUGGUAGUAGAGGAAAGGAACAAAAUUAAAAGCUAUUUCAGAAUUAUUCCCUG